UACAGUUAAAAAUAUUUAUUCAAAUUCAAUAAAAUAUAAUAAGAGUUAGAAAAGGGGAUUGCAACUGAAGUAAACUAAGAACCGUUUUUUAACAGUUAAGCUGAAAUUCAAAAAAGCCAUAUUUUUCGCUCUAAACCUCAUCAGCCUUGUUUCCAUUCUCUUGCUAUAUAUACGUGUGUGAACGAGCCGUACCCUCAAGCCAACACGAUUACAAGAAAUGGCUUCUCCUUUCUUCUUUGUGUUCCUUCUCUCUGCGCUUCUACUCCAACAAACCUAUGCCAGUCCCAAUUACAGAGAAGCACUCUCUAAGUCGUUGCUCUUUUUCCAAGGUCAGAGGUCAGGUCGCCUCCCUAGUGACCAAAAACUCUCAUGGAGAUCCAGCUCUGGCCUCUCUGAUGGCUCCUCUGCUCAUGUGGACUUGACUGGAGGCUACUAUGAUGCUGGGGACAAUGUGAAGUUCAAUUUCCCUAUGGCCUUCACCACCACGAUGCUCUCCUGGAGCUCUUUGGAGUACGGUAAGAAGAUGGGAUCUGAACUACAGAACUCUCGUGUGGCCAUCCGUUGGGCCACUGAUUAUCUACUGAAAUGCGCCAGGGCCACACCUGGGAAGCUUUACGUUGGAGUAGGAGACCCAAAUGGUGAUCACAAGUGCUGGGAACGCCCAGAAGAUAUGGACACUCCUCGCACAGUCUACUCUGUAUCCCCAUCAAAUCCUGGCUCUGAUGUAGCUGCUGAAACUGCUGCUGCUCUAGCAUCAAGCUCCAUGGUUUUCAGGAAAGUUGAUCCCAAGUACUCUCGCUUGCUCCUGGGGACAGCGAAGAAAGUCAUGCUGUUUGCCAUUCAAUACCGAGGCGCUUACAGUGAUUCCCUUUCCUCUUCCGUCUGCCCUUUCUACUGCUCCUACUCUGGCUACAAGGACGAGCUGGUGUGGGGAGCAGCAUGGCUGCAUAGAGCAACGAACGAUCCGUAUUACACAAACUUCAUAAAAUCCUUAGGAGGUGGAGAUCAGCCAGACAUCUUCAGUUGGGACAAUAAGUACGCUGGUGCCUAUGUUCUUCUCUCACGACGAGCAGUACUAAACAAAGACAACAACCUUGAGCCCUACAAGCAAGCAGCUGAGAAUUUUAUGUGCAAGAUCCUUCCUAAUUCUCCCUCUUCGUCCACUAAGUACACUCCAGGUGGAUUGAUGUACAAAUUACCUCAGAGCAAUCUACAAUACGUGACAUCGAUAACAUUCUUACUCACGACCUACGCCAAGUACAUGAAAUCCUCGAAACAAACCUUCAACUGCGGAAACUCAGUCAUCGUCCCCAACGCACUGAUAAACCUAUCGAAGCGACAGGUGGAUUACAUCCUCGGUGUGAAUCCAAUGAAGAUGUCGUACAUGGUGGGAUUCGGGUCCAAUUUCCCGAAAAGAAUCCACCACAGAGGUUCCUCUCUCCCGAGCCGAGCCGUCCGUUCAAACUCUCUGGGAUGCAACGGCGGAUUCCAAUCUUUCCGAGCACAAAACCCCAACCCAAACAUAUUAACGGGAGCAAUCGUCGGAGGACCAAAUCGAAACGAUGAAUAUCCAGAUCAAAGAGACGAUUACACACGAUCAGAGCCAGCUACUUACAUAAACGCCGCAUUCGUCGGACCACUGGCGUAUUUGGCCGGCGGCCGGUCGCCGUGAAAUCGCUUCCACUCUCACUCAGCCCGUUAGAUAAAAUAUAAAAACCUUACCGCGUAAAUGGGUAAAAAGGCUAUUUUUAAGAUGGAAACUCUAAUGGGCCUUAGGGUCCAUUAUUAGAAAGCCAUUCAUUGGCUAAUUAUGUACUAACUAAGUUACGGAAUUGAUCAGAACCGCAUUUUACAAUUACGCAGCAGCCAAGCCAAGCUAAUACGUUUCUCGACUAGUUUAUGCUAAAGCUUUGG